AUGGAUUAUAAAGAUAAAAUAAUGCGUAGAUCUAACGGAGGAAAUUAUUAUGAUCCACUACCUUCAAACAGUUCAUAUGGUGGCGAGUUUAUUGAAACAGAAAAUGAUGAUUUAACGGAACAGCUAAAAGAUAAGGUGAAUACUUUGAAGUCUCUCUCGAUUGAUAUUGGUGCAGAAGUAAAAUACCAAGACCGCUUACUAAGAGAUAUGGAUCAUGAUUUUGAAACCACUGGAGGAUUUUUGAGUAACACACUUGGUCGAGUUACGAGGCUUAGUAGAAAUAGUGGUGGCUACAAUAUGUUAUAUCUAAUUUUAUUUAGUUUUGCAGUUUUUUUUGUACUGUAUAUAUUUUUAAAACUGAAAUAG